AUGGAUAAAGUCACACAAUGGCGUACAUGGAAGUACUGCUGGUUUGCGCUACGUAUUUCUUUGCUGCUGUGCUUCGGAAAACAGGUUUGUGCUCAGAUAAGGUACUCUAUUCCAGAGGAAGUAAACGAUGGAACAGUUGUGGGAAAUCUUGCAAAGGAUUUGGACCUGGAUGUAAGAACGUUGGUGGAAAGACGUUUACGUAUCGUUUCGGGACCUAAAGACAUUCCUUUCCAAGUAAACCAGAACAAUGGCGUCUUGCAUGUUCAUAAUAAAAUCGACAGAGAGGAGGUAUGUGACAGCAUCAGUCCCUGUGUAUUUAACCUUAAAAUUGCAAUAGAUAACCCGUUAGAGAUUCAUUACGUGGUAGUAGACAUUACGGAUACAAAUGACAACGCACCUCGAUUCCCAGAUAAACAACAAAGAGUAGAGAUCGCGGAGAGCACAAUACCAGGGGCGCGUUUUCAAUUACAAAGUGCACGCGAUCCUGACAUUGGCGUACAUUCUGUGCGCUCUUACAAAUUAAGCAAAAACGAACAUUUCGAUUUAGAAAUAAAAGAUAGAGACGACGAAAAAGUACCAUUCCUGGUUUUACAGAAAGCAUUAGACAGGGAGCGUAAAGCAGAGCACGAACUGACACUGACCGCAGUGGAUGGUGGAAAUCCAUCAAGGUCUGGGACAUUAACUGUCACUGUCACUGUUCUCGAUAACAAUGACAAUCGUCCACAGUUCAGUCAAGAGGUUUACACAGUACAUUUGCAGGAAAACGUUCUAAUCGGUACUAUUGUACUACAAGUAAACGCUACAGAUCUAGACGAUGGUACAAACGGAGAGAUCAUAUACUCCUUUGGUAAUAACUUCAACAGUAAAGUUUAUGAUGUAUUUGAUUUGAAUACAGUUUCUGGUGAAAUAAGCGUUAAAGGCAAAAUCGAUUUUGAAAGCAGUGAUGUGCACAGAUUGGACAUUUUGGCUUCCGAUAAAGGCACACCUCCGAUGACUGUUAAUUGCAGGGUCACUGUAAAAAUUUUAGAUGUGAAUGAUAACAGUCCUGAAAUAGAAAUUACAUCACUCUCUAAUGUAGUGCCUGAAGAUUCCAAACCGGGAACAGUUAUUGCUUUAAUCAGUGUUUUAGACAAAGAUUCUGGUGUAAACGGGAAAGUUAUAUGUUCUUUGUCAUCGAACAUACCAUUUGAACUAAAACCGUCUGUGCAAGAAAAUAUGUACUCUUUAAUUACAAACUCGUAUUUGGACAGAGAGGAGAUUUCACAUUACGAAAUAAUUUUAACAGCCACAGACCUGGGUCAGCCUUCUCUAACUGCACAAAAGAGUUUUAGUGUCCAGGUAUCAGAUGUGAAUGAUAAUCGACCAGAGUUUGCUCGAAAUCCCAUGGAAUUAUAUCUAACAGAAAAUAACACCCCCGGUGCUUCAAUAUUUUCUGUAACUGCUUCAGACAAAGACUUGAAUGAAAAUGCAGUGAUCUCAUACAGCAUUCUUAGAGGCGAUGGUGCAAAAAACAACAUGCCAACAUUUCUAAGUAUUAAUUCUGAAACAGGGACUAUUCAUGCCCUAAAAUGUUUUGAUUAUGAAGUAACCAAAAUGUUCCAGUUCCACGUGGUCGCUAAAGAUUCUGGAACACCGUCACUAAGCAGCAACGUUACAGUGAACGCGUUCAUUUUGGAUCAGAACGACAACAUUCCAGUGAUCUUAUAUCCAGUCAGUGCUAAUGGAUCUGCUGAAGGUGUAGAGGAGAUUCCUCGUAAUGUGAAUCCAGGACAUUUGGUGACUAAAGUGAGGGCCUAUGAUGUGGAUAUAGGAUACAGUGGCUGGUUAUUAUUUUCACUGCAUGAAGUGAGUGACCACAGCCUUUUUGGUUUGGACCGCUACACAGGACAGAUCAGGACCCUUCGCUCAUUCUCAGAAACAGAUGAGGCUGAACACAAACUGGUCAUACUGGUCAAAGACAAUGGUAACGUUUCACUUUCAUCAACAGCCACUGUAAUAAUUAAACUUGUUGAACCCAAAGAAGCUUUUGCUGCGUCCGAUGUUAAAAAUUCAGCAAACCAUGAUGAGUCGAAUGAAGUGACAUUUUAUUUAAUUAUUACCUUGGGAUCGGUUUCAUUUCUUUUCCUUAUUAGUAUCAUUGUGCUGGUUGUAAUGCAGUGCUCAAAAUCUACAGACUUUUCAUCCAAGUAUUUACAAGAUACAAAUUACGACGGGACUCUGUGUCACAGCAUUCAGUACAGAUCUGGAGAUAAACGCUACAUGUUAGUUGGACCCCGAAUGAGUAUCGGUUCUACUAUAGUUCCAGGAAGUAACAGGAAUACUUUAGUGGUACCAGAUCGCAGGAGAAGAACUUCUGUUGAGGUAAGAGUCAAGUCAGUCUUCUUUACUGUUUAAAAAUAGAAUCUUCUCAUAGUAUUUGUAUGGAGAAUCAUAUUGGGUAUUUUUUAUCUAAUGCCUUAA